UUCAGAUCCUCCCUGUAGUGUGUGUGGGUGGAGGAGCUGGGCUCCGCUAGUGGACCAUGGUCCAGGCAGGGGCUCCAGGUCCAGAGUGGGUGGGAGGAGAAGGCGUCACUUCCGGGGGCCAUCGCCAGUGUCUGGUGGCUCCCUGCUCUCUGAUUGGGCAGAAAUAGCCUGGGCAGGCGUGUGACCCCACUGGCGUGGAGGGGCUAUGCCCCAACGCCACCUGUCUUCCUACCCAUCUGCUCCACAGAGUGUUGCCUGCUCUGCCCCUGGGCCCUGGAGCCCUUCUCCACCCGGUGAGUGGUGAGUGGCGAGCAAGGUUUGGAGUUAAGUGAGGGUAGGAAGGACUGGAAAGAGGAAUUGGGCUCUCUGCUGGGGGAGGGGCAGGCAAACUGGAACCUACAGGCACUGACCUUUGUCGAGAAGAGUGUAGACUUCCCAGAAUGGGAGGAGCAGGACAGAGCAGGGGUAGGGGGUGGGGUGCUGCUUUCUGAGGGACUGAUCACAGACUUGGUGGAAUAUGGCACAGUCCUGGCUGGCCCAAAGGAAAGAGGACCUAGGCCCAGGGAGAAAAUAAGAAAGGAGGUACAUUUCAAGCUUAGGGAACACAGAUCCAAGCUGGACACAGCUGCAAUCCCCAUUCUUACCCAGUCAUUCCUAGUUAGCUUAUGGGGUUCUGAAUCCUGGGGCUGGGGAAGCUGGGCCAGGCAAGCCAGGCACAGGGAGAUGGUAAGGGGAGGAGGGCUCAUGCAUGUUGACAGACCUACAGGAAAUCCCAAUAUUGAAUCAGGUGCAGGCCUCUUUGCACAACUUGUGAAAGAAGGAGGAAGCUAUGUGGGGGGUCCUGCAAAGGAACCGGAAGGGGUCUGUGGCGGGGGCUGGGAGGAAGGUGAGGGCUAGGAGACGGAUAAGGUGGGUGUCUAAGACGAGGUAAGCCCUGUAAGGCGGGCAUCACCUCACCCAGCAGGUGAUCAUUCCUGGGCAACUUGCUUCAGGAAGGAAGUCUCAGGACUGUUAGCCCAUCUCUUUACCUUGGAUAACCCAGUAUUUCAGAACUUAAGAGUGCAAAGGAAAACUCCAAGAGACUUUAUGUGUUGGGGUAAAUAGAAAAAGAAUGAGAGGUUAAUUUCUCCCACACCACCUUCUCAAUCUUUUAAUCACCGACCUCUAGAAGUCCAGUUUUAUUUUUGCCUCAUUCCCCUCUUCAACCCCAUUCCCCAAUCUACUCCUCAGCAUACUUUGCAUGUUUGGUACCUCCUCGUCCUGGCCCUAUACCCUGUUUCCAAGCUCUUCUCCAAUACUUCCAUUCUCCAUCCCCACCCUAGAUUUUCUCCAAUGAAACAACCAGGGUUGCUCAGACUUUGAGGAGAAUUGAGAUGUGUGUGUACAUAUCCUGUCCUGCCGCUCUUGGCAGGGGGCAGGGCCAGACCUGCCUCAGGAACUAAGGAACCCUGACAGAGGAGACCCUGUAUGCUACAGUCACAAGACGAUGUGGGAGCACUCCAAGCUUCAGCAGUUCUAGGCUGGAUAGAUUCUAGACCCUCUUCCUCGACCCACCUGUGCCCCACCUGUGCCCUACCCUACUCUGCCCAGAAGUGCAAGAGCCCAAGCCGCCUCCAUGGCCCCAGGAAGGAUUCAGGGGAGAGGCCCCAUACAGGGAGCCACUCCAACCAGACAGCCUGGCCAGAAUGGAGCUGACUGAAUUGCUCCUCAUGGUCAUACUUCUCCUAACUGCAAGACUAACUCUGUCCAGCCCGGCUCCUCCUGCUUGUGACCCCCGACUCCUAAAUAAACUGCUUCGUGACUCCCACGUCCUUCACAGCAGACUGAGCCAGUGCCCAGACAUUAACCCUUUGUCCACACCUGUCCUGCUGCCUGCUGUGGACUUCAGCUUGCGAGAAUGGAAAACCCAGACGGAGCAGACCAAGGCACAGGACGUUCUGGGAGCAGCGACCCUUCUGCUGGAGGCAGUGAUGGCAGCACGGGGACAACUGGGACCCAGCUGCCUCUCAUCCCUUCUGGUGCACCUUUCUGGACAGGUCCGCCUCCUCCUUGGGGCCCUACAGGGCCUCCUUGGAACCCAGCUUCCUCCACAGGGCAGGACCACAGCUCACAAGGAUCCCAGUGCCAUCUUCCUGAGCUUCCAACAACUGCUCCGAGGAAAGGUGCGUUUCCUGCUGCUUGUAAUGGGGCCCACCCUCUGUGCCAAGCGGGCCCCACCCACCACAGCUGUUCUGAGCAGCACCUCUCCAUUCCUCACCCCGAACAAGCUCCCAAACAGGACUUUUGGAUUGCUGGAGACAAACUCCAGUGUCUCAGCCAGAACUACUGGCUCUGGACUUCUGAAGAGGCUGCAGGGAUUCAUAGCCAAGAUUCCCAGUCUACUAAACCAAACAUCCAGGUCUUCAGGCCAAAUCCCUGGACACCUAAACAAGACACACAGACCCUUGAAUGGGAUUCAUGGACUCUUUCCUGGACCCUCCUCCAGGGCCCUAGGAGCCCCGGGAAUUCCUCUAGGAACUUCAGACAUGGGCUCCCCACCACCCUACCUCCAGCCUGGAGAUUCUCCUUCCCCAGCCCAUCCUCCUCCUGGACAAUACACCCUCUUCUCUCCUUCACCCCCCUUACCCAUCCCCAUGGUCCAGCUCCAACCCCUCCUUCCUGACCCCUCUGCUAUCACACCCAACUCUACCAGUCCUCUUCUAGUUGCAGCCCACCCUCACUUCCAGAAUCUGUCUCAGGGAGAGUAAGGUACUCAGGCAAUGCCAAGCUCAGCAUUGUCUCCCACAUACAAUCCCCUUACUCAGAGGAGAGGCCCUGGGACACAACUGCAGCUAGACAGGCAUACCUCAUUUUAUGGCGCUUCAUUUUAUUGUGCUUUACAGAUACUGCAUUUUUUACAAAUUGAAGGUUUGUGGCAACCUUGUGUUGUCGGAUGAUGGUUAGCAUUUUUUAGCAAUAAAGUAUUUUUUAAUGAAGGUAUAUACAUUGCUUUUUUAGACAUGCUAUUGCACUCUUAAUAGACUACAGCAUCGUGUAAACAUAACUUUUAUAUGCACUGGAAAACCAAAAAGAUUCCUGUGACUCGCUUUAUUGUGAUAUUCACUUUAUUCCAAUGGUCUGGAACCAAACCCACAAUAUCUCCGAGGUAUGCCUGCACCAGAUUUCCUGCUUUUGCCUGAAACUGAAGCUCUGGUAAAGGGAGACAUGCAAGAGAGAGAAAGUAGAAUUUUUUUUACUAUAUAUCAUAAAACUUCAGAAGCUAUCUUUUUUUAAACUAUCAAUAGUAUCUACCAGGGCAGCCAGUUACCUCUUGUCU